UCCCCUUCCAUUAAGUUCCCUUUCAAAGCUUUCAAUUUUUUUCAUCAAAAAGCUAGAACAAAACCAUGGGAAAUUCAUAUUUUUUAGGAACAUCAAUACCCAUAUUCCUUUCUCUUCUCUUCCUUUGUGAUUUUGUCAAUGGUCUCGGUGUGAAUUGGGGCACCAUGGCAUCACACCGGCUGCCUCCCAAGACGGUGGUUCAGAUGUUGAAGGACAAUGGAAUAAAGAAAGUUAAGCUCUUUGAUGCGGAUUCAACCACCAUGAAUGCUCUUGCAGGAAGUGAUAUUGAAGUCAUGGUUUCUAUUCCAAAUGAUCAACUCCUUGCCAUGAAUAGCUAUAAACGUGCUAAAGAAUGGGUUAGGAGGAAUGUCACAAGAUAUAGUUUCAAUGGAGGUGUUAACAUUAAGUAUGUAGCUAUGGGCAAUGAGCCGUUUCUCACAACCUACAAUGGCUCCUUCAUAAACAUCACAUUCCCUGCACUUCAGAACAUUCAAAAUGCGCUUAACGAAGCCGGGGUCGGAGACUCGAUAAAGGCUACUGUGCCCUCGAAUGCCGAUGUCUACAACUCACAAAAAAACAACCCUGUUCCGUCAGCUGGCCGGUUCCGGCAUGAUAUCAGUGGUCUCAUGACGCAGAUAGUUGAAUUUCUAGCCAGGAACGGUGCGCCUUUGACCAUAAACAUCUACCCUUUCCUCAGUCUCUAUGGAAAUGAUGACUUCCCCUUCAACUAUGCUUUCUUUGAUGGAGGAAACCCGAUCGUCGAUAACGGGAUUCAGUACACUAAUGUUUUCGAUGCCAACUUCGAUACGUUGGUUUCGGCUUUGAGAGCCAUAGGGCAUGGGGACAUGACGAUUAUUGUCGGGGAAGUCGGCUGGCCCACGGACGGGGACAAGAACGCGAACAUAGCUAAUGCUAAGAGAUUUUACAACGGGCUCAUGCCUAGACUUGCAGCCAACACCGGCACACCCCUGCUUCCAGGAUACUUAGAAGUGUACUUAUUCGGCCUUCUAGAUGAAGAUGUAAAGAGCAUCGCUCCGGGAAACUUUGAGCGCCAUUGGGGUAUCUACAGGUACGACGGGCAGCCUAAAUUCCCGAUGGACCUGUCCGGACAGAACCAAAACCGGUACCUCAUCGCCGCACAGAACGUCGAAUACCUCCCUCAGAAAUGGUGUGUGUUCAAUCCAAAAGCAAACGACCUGAGCAAACUUGCAGACAACAUAAACUACGCCUGCACGUUGUCGGACUGCACGGCGCUCGGGUACGGAUCAUCAUGUAACAACCUGGACGCCAACGGGAACACGUCGUAUGCGUUUAACAUAUACUACCAGGUCCAAAACCAGAACGGCAUGGCCUGUAAUUUUCAAGGUCUAGCCAUGGAAACGACACAGAAUCCUUCACAAGGAGCUUGCAGUUUUAUCAUUCAAAUUGAUUCUUCAACAUCCUUUGUUGGUCCCCCAGUGACGAGAAUGAUAAUUUUUGCUGUAUUCACAUUCUUAUUACUCUUAAGUCGAACUCGAAUUCCGUAGAUAACUCAGAUGUACUUUAUU